AUGCUAGCAUGCGUGAAUGACAGCGAGAAUGCCAAAUUCAACGAUAUUGAGGAAUCGGAAACGACCGACCCAUCAGCACGCAAGCAGGUAUCGCCUGACCGAACCAUUUAUGCCUCGCGAGCAAUCCUUCCGAAGGACGGACCGCUGCGUGUUUCUGAUUUCGGCGAAGCUAGAAUCGGGCCUAGGCCGUAUGAUUAUCCUGCCAUGUCUAUGUCAUAUCGCGCACCUGAGGUAUCGCUCGAGGUGCCGUGGGGCUAUCCGAUUGAUAUUUGGUGUGUUGGACUUGUGGCAUGUGAUCUUCUUGGGCUGAAUAAAAUUUUCAAUGCCGACCACGAGUCCGGCGAUAUGUAUGAGGCAGCCCACCUUGCAGAGCUAAUUUCUGUGCUGGGUCCUCCGCCUGCUGCGUUUUUGGCACCUAAUCCUGAGAAGGCGGCUCAGUUCUGGGAUGAAGGGGGGAUAUGGAAGGACAUCGUUCCCAUUCCUGAUAUAGGCAUGCUUGAGUCAUUAGGAGGUCAGAUGGGUCUACCUCCUGCAUUUGUGAAGUUCAUGCGCAGAACUUUGACCUGGGUACCAAACGAGAGAGCGACUGCUAAAGAUCUUGUAGAGGACCCUUGGUUGAAGGUGUGA